CCACGAUACAAAGUGUCGCUUGACUUUUCCACACGUCGUCCACCUGCCCGGGCAUUCACCUACGCAAAUGCUUGCUCGAGCAAGCCACAAUGGCGGCAGCUAACAAUCCCUUCGGGGCGCCUUCAGCUCCGGCUGUCAACCCUUUCGCGAAACCAAUCCAAGCCGCACAGCCUACCCAAACAGCAUCGGUUUUCGGAAGCUCAUCAGCUCCUAAUCAGAAUCCGUUCGGGAAGCCUUUCUUGGGCCAGGCGCAAUCGUCCGCGCAGAGCGCCAGUUCCUCCCCUUUUACUCAGAAUCCUUUUACGAAGCCAGUAGGACCGACGAAUUCUGCGGGCGGAAACAAGUCCCCAUUCUUUGGCGCGCAAACCACGACACAACAAGCAACAGGCUUUGGGGCGGCGAAUGCCAAUCCCCAGAAAGGACCACAGGGCUUUGGCGGCGGAAAGCCGUCUGGCCCCAGCAAUGGAUUCGGAAAUUCGCAAGCCAGUCAAAUGUUUGGAAAGGGAAAGGCCACGCGGCAGCAACCACCACAGUCAGACGGCCGCGAUGCUGGAGCGGCACUAAUGAAUAAGUUCCAGCGCGGCCAACGAAAGAACAAUGAGCGCCCUGCAAAGACCCAGCCGAAUGCGACGCGUGCUGUCGGCAUCAAUAGCACCUCUGGCGCGCCAACUCGAGAACCGACCGAGCGUACACGCGAGUUGUCCGAAUUUGCUUACAGCUAUCACAACAGAAUCAAUGACCAGCUAAAAAAGGACAAUCUGAAGCCACCGCAGUGGCCGACGACUGAACUCGGCAAUCCGAACAAACGUGACGAUGUCGAGAACCUCAAGCAGUCAUUCAAGAAAUACCGUACUCGCGUAUACGAUGCCCUACGGAAAGUUGAGCUUAUCGAUGACCCCGAAAAGAGGAGGAAACUUGAGGAUGCGUUGCCCUUUAAGGGUAUCUGUGAGGAUAUGUGCCCGGAGUUUGAGCAGAUCUCCCGUAUCGCCGAAUUCGAUGUCAAGAAUGAAGAGAAGGAAACCCAACCCGGCGGGCUCACAGCAUGGCCAGAACCUUCGAAGAUGGUGAAGAAGUUUGGUCGAUCUGCAGCCGGUCAAGAUGCACCACUCCCUAUGGAUGUCCGUUCCAUUGACGCUUUACGAAGAACCACCGACUACCUCUUCAACGAUCUUUUACAGUCUGAGAACAACCUGCCGUCUAUGCACAACUACCUCUGGGAUCGUACACGAGCAGUACGCAAGGACUUCACGUUUCACUCGCAAAAAUCGGCAGAGGAGAUGAAGGACAUGGUCUACUGUUUCGAGACGAUUACUCGCUUCCACGCCACGGCUCUUCAUUUGUUGUCCCGGAAGGGGUUUGCAAAUGAGGAUUUCGAGCAAAAACAAGAGAUUGAGCAACUGGGCAGGACCAUCCUCUCGUUGAUGGAAGCAUACGACGUCUGCAAGGAGAAACACGUUCUUUGCGAGAAUGAGGCGGAAUUCAGAGCUUAUUACCUACUUCUCAACGCACACGAUCCCUCUAUAGCACAGAGGAUUCGUACGUGGGGAAAGGAGUAUUGGUUCGAGUCCGAAGAGAUUCAAACAGCACUGUCUCUCAUCCAAGUCAUGGAAGACUUGCGGGAGUCAAAGGGACCUAUCAAGCCACGCCGAAUGACGACCAUGUCCGACACCGCCUUCACCAACUUCUUCGCCAUCGUCGAAGACCCGCGAGUGUCAUACACCAUGGCCUGUGUUGCAGAGGUCCACUUCACCUUUGUCCGCCAGUGUAUUCUCAAGAAUCUUGUCAAGGCUUAUGCGCGCCAACGCGAUGCCCCCAGGACGAUCACUGCGUCCGAUCUUAACAAAAUGUUGAGAUUUGACACUGAUGAGGAGGCUGUUGCCUUCGCCGAGGAGCAUAAUUUCGAGUUUUCCACUUGGGUGCCCCCGGGAAAGCCAGCGGUAUCUGAGCCAUACCUACUCCUGAAUACCAAGAGGAAACAUGUCCCAUCGCCUAGAGUUCCCCAGUCCUACUCAGGACUGAUGGUUGAGCGGAAACGAGCAGGACAAUCGUUACCCUACGUUAUAUACAACACAAUUUAUGAAGAUAUUGCCGACAAUACAUCUGCCAAAAGAAAAUCAGAUGCUAAUGGCGGCGGUCUCUUUGUUAACCCUCAGCAAGCUCUGCCUGCUUUCCCUACCUCACAAGUGUACAAACUUCAAGAUGUCGCAACAUCAACACCAUUCACGUCCACGUCUAGAGCUGUACCGCCCAUCACCAAGACGCCUGAGAACAUCCCGAUGUUCCAAACAGCGGUAAAAGAUUUCGGUGCGCCCAGCCACCCUUUUGCAGGAAGUGUCACCACUAACUCGCCUCAAGCAACUGGUGCAACGACCUCGAGCCCCUUUUCUCGCCCUUCGCCAGCGCAACAACCACAACAGGUCGCAAAUCCGUUCUCCAUGUUCGGUCAACCUUCAGCUGUGCCACCAGCGACUCAAACGCAAAGUCCGGCCUCGGCUCCCAAGCCUACCGGUGUCUUUGGACAGGCCCCUCAGACCCCACAGCCGACAUUCGACUUCCAACAAUCUCAAACCGCAAUCUCAGCCCCAGGUUCCUCGGCACCCACUGCUCCAACAGCACAUAAAGAUACAUCGAAGCCUGUUACGUCGAAUUCGCUUGCUCCGGCCACUUCUGUUUUCAAUCCGGGCAGUGCACCGGCCAACCCGUUCACGUCACUCUCAAAUCAGAAUCAGAGCACUGCUCCAACCCAAUCCUCAGCGACCACACAGCAAACGUCUUCAGGAUUUACGUUUACUCCAACAGCACCUAACCCUAAACCUUUCCCUAGCUUCACUGCAACCGCAGGAACAGAACAACAACAGGCCAGUACCCCGGCGGCGUCUACGCAAACCCAACUGCCAGGGACGCCUUCGAUGAUAUCGACAACACCCUCAGUCUUCUCCACCCAUCCCAAGCCAGUCGACAGUACAGCGCCCACUCCACCCGCAACACAGCAUUCAACAGUCUUCGCUCCGCAGGCCGCUUCCAACUCACCUUUUAGGAUCAAGGGCACAUCCAAUGAUGGUGCUCCUUCAUCUUUAUUUCCUACGGCACCGCUUCCGCAGCCCUCACUAUCUACAUCUGCGCCUUCCCAAUCUGCUCCUCCUCGUCCAAGGGAUUUGAUGGGUGAUUUCUCGAAGUGGUUUGUCAUGGGUGAUGGCGGUUUGCUGGAAGAGUUUACAGCCCGCUACCUCCAAGAAUUGGUAGAGGGCGCCUUCAAUCAGCACCUGAAAGAGGAAGCUGAACGCAGGCGCAGGGAAGAAGAUGAACAGUCUUGGAGAGAAGCACGUGCACAUAUGAGAAAUCGGCUACAGCUCAAAUACUUCUACCGGUGGCGGGAAGCUGCCAGGAAGUUGGCACAGAGACGAAUUCUUCGCGAAGGAAAGGAGAGGAUGCGACUAUACAGAGAACAGGAGCAGCGUGUGCGAAAGAAGAAUAAGGAAGAUGAGGAGAUGUUACGCAACCAAGAAAGAAUAGAAGCCAAGAGAAGGAUUCAGGCUGACGGUUCCCGACUCAAGCAAUUGGCGCUAAAUGCUUCCAGGGUAGGGCGAGGCCAGCAGCAAGUAGAGGAAGAACUUCUUGCCAGCGGCGUCUUCUCUGGGGCGCGUGAUGAGCGCGCAGCCGUCCGCCGAGCCAUCAAGGAAGCAGGGACCAAUGGCGACUGGGGCUCUCCACAGCCAGGGAAAACGUUUGGAUAUGGUUCCGAGUCAGGUUUCAAGCUUGGACGGGCGCCAUCAGCGGCUUCCAAACGUCGGGAUGCUGGGAGUCUCAGAGACUCACUGGCAGGUUCACCGGAAAGCACCGGCAGCAAAGAAGGUGGCAAGACGCGAGCACUGCGCGAAAAGUUUGGUCUGGGAGGCCCUAGGGGAAGCUUCUCAUCCGCUGGCGGUAGCUCGGUUCAGUCUUCCAUGGUCACCAAGUUCCGUCAUUCACUCAAUGGAAUCGGCGUCAAUGGUGGGAACAGCAUGAUCAAGCGAGCGAGCAAUUUCUCCACCCCACGAAAGCGCUCGAUCGAGCCUUCUCCAGUUACUGAGGGUAGAGAUCCCAAGCAGCCACGGAGAUCAAUGCUGGGAAUGAGCAUGGCAAACACGAGCCUGCCCAACAUCAGCCUGAGACAAGGUACCAGCACCAACAGUCCGAAACCUGAGGGAUUCAAAACUAGUCACUGGGAUCUCAGGGCCCGCGGGCUGGUGCCGAUGCCAGACGGGCAGUGGCUCCCGGAAGCCAUUGCCACCGCCAUAAAAGAAGGCAAGCUCAAACCACCUAGUCCUCCAACUCGCCACAACUCUUACUCACCCGCCAUCCGACCAUCGACCGAACACGCCAUCAUGUCGGAUGACGACGAGUCCAUGGGCAUGGGUAGCACCUACGACAACGGGGACGAUGUUGAGGUGGAUGAUUCUGCCUCCAUGACCAGCUGGCGCUUGAGGGUCGCCAGACUCACCGGCUCCACUAGUCUCGUCCAACAACAUCUCCAAACACCCAAGCAACCGCCUGCCGACUACAGCACCUCUAGCAGACUUGCCAAACUCAAGGCAAGAAUGGGAUACGGCUCACCAAGAGCUAGUGGCACGGGAUCUCCCGCUGUUCGCCCGUCGCCCACGCCUUCUGCCGCUUCAGCGACCGCUCGGCCAUUUUCCAGAAGAGAAGCUAGCUGGAGCGCCAUUCUCGACAGAAAGAGGAAGCGAGACCUGGCGAACGACGAGACGGCUGCGGCUGCGGCGGCGGCGAUUGAAGCUUCUCCUGCUGCCUUAGGACAAGGACGAGGACGAUCAGAGAAUUCUCCGCCCAUGGCCAAGAAGGCAUACUAUGCUGCUUCGGCGGUUAGCAGGGGGAGCACCGCUGCUUUGUCAACGAGAGAGGAGACAAGCGCGGCAGUGGAGGAGACGCGGAGGAUGUUGAGGGAGUUGAGAGAGACGAUGGAUAAGCUGGACAGCGAUAAGGGGAUGUGGAGGGAAGAAGUUGGUAGUGGGAAGACUUAAGGGUAUUACUCGCAUUGAGUGGGGCAUGAAGAAUCGGAGAAUCAUUUGAUGAAAGCAAUCGAGAGAAAGGGGGCAGGGUUGAAUUCAAAUAUGAGAUUACAUCAUAAGGUUGCCUAACAGAAGCCGGAGUAAGGCGUAGAAUGUUUACGCAUCAGACACUCAAAUGAAACUUAGAUAGAUAGGGAGG